UUCAUAUCUUACCGCGAUCGUCAAAAUGCGGAAUACAUACCUUUCCGUUCUCAUUUGCGCCUUCUGCAUUUGCGCAUGUGUCGCGGUACCGGAUAGCUAUUCCGGGGAUGUCCAGAACUCGAAUUCAUUGGAUUUCGGCAAUGACAGUGGAGCCUAUAACUAUAAUCCGCCUCCCAGCAACAGCUACCUUCCUCCAGCCACGCCUGCACCUGAGUAUCUACCGCCGCAAAACAAUGGAUAUCAAUAUAACCCACCUCCAAACAACAAUUACCUGCCACCCCCGCCUGAAUAUGGAGCACCACCUCUUGGCUAUCCUCAGUACGGUCCACCACCUCCUCCUUUUUAUAAGCCAGCUCCUCCUAUGCCCUAUUCGCAUGACUCCUGGUUUCUGGAAAAAAUAAAGUCCAAGAUCAAUUUGUAUACGCUCGGAAAGAUAUUGAUAAAGCUUUUGAUAUUCAAGAAAAUUGUCAAGUUCAUCGGCCUGAUUUUCUUGCUAUUGGUAGUUCCAAAGCUGAAGAACCUCUUCAAAGAGGAUAUGAUGUCUUCGGGGUCUGGCGAAAGUGACGGAAUGGAAAGUAAAUUUGUGGAAACCGAUAAGGAUAAAUUAACACAGCAAAUCGAAGAUCUGUACGAUUUUGUAAUAAAUUCAAUAGAGAAUUUUGAAGGAAGGAGAGUGUAGA